AUUUCUACAGGCAUUUGUGUUUUCUCUCCUGUCUGUUUUAAAUGGAUCCUAUACACUGCGUGAUGACUACUGGUGUUUUUAUCUUAUUAAUUAACUUGGUAACUUCUGACAGCAAUGCUCCCAAUAUAGUUGCCACAUGUAACCAUACAACAGAUGCAACUCUGGGUUGGUUGAAACCAGUUAGUUUUAAUCCUUCACCCUUACGUGAACUGUCUGUGCAACUGAGUGAAUCUGAAGCAUCACUCGUUAUAAAGUGGACCAUUAAUAUUGACAGCAGCAUUACCAGGAAUAACGGCACAUGGAUAGAGUUGAAUGGAGAAGAGAUGGAUGUUUUAUCUUAUAAAUGUCAGUACCAGCCUCCAUUCACCUCUGGGCAAAACAACUUCACUGGCCUACAACAGUUAUGGUUCAGUUUCACCUUGUCAGAUGUGUCUGUUAGUCCUUCAACUGAAUAUUACAUCCAAGCUUUUAACCUUCCUCCACCGCCACCUAAUACAGGAUGGAAAUAUUUAAAGAACACAUCUUAUAAAACACCAGGAUGUGAGAGUAAACGUAUGAGCGAUCACCCACAGUGUUCAACACAUAAGUGGGAUGCUGGUAUUUUUUCAGUCUUUCAUGAUGAUAAAAUAGUUGUGACCUUUACUACAAGCUCAGCAUCAGAUAAAUACACCAUCAUACUGAGAAAUGGAAGUGAAAUACUACACAUGGAGUACAUAAAUGGGGGAGGAAAAUUGGAAAAUCGUACAGUGGAAGUGAACUAUACGGGCAUCUGUGAAUAUCUUUCGAUAUCGAUAAAACCAUACUUUCCACACUGUGGCCAUGGAUGUCCUUUGGUUCAUCACAAAGUUAACUGUUCGAAAAGAUCUGGGUUGGCGAUCGGUAUUGGAUGCGUGCUGUUGUUUCUUCUCAUACUGCUCUGCUGCUGCAUACUGCGUAAAAUCUAUUUCUCACGUCACAGCUCCGAGCGCAACGUGUCCGUGCCAGUGUUGGUUGUAUACCCUGCAAUAGAUGGCUUGUUUCAGCGUGCAGUGAUGAUGCUGGCAGAGUUUUUGCAGAGUGGUGCAGGUGUACACGUCAUCGUUGACAUGUGGGAAAGUGGAAGUCUAGCAGAACAAGGGCCACUGCGCUGGCUCAACUCACAGAGCGACCUCGCCCAGAGGGUUCUCAUCAUCUUACCUCCUCAACUCACACACACUGAAAAUGUUAAACCAAAUGCAGCACCUGGUAUGACCGAUCACACUGUCUCAGCAUCUGCCUACAGUCUUUUUGCCCUGGUGCUUAACCUAGUAACCAGCGCUGCUCAUGACCCACAACAACUGGAAAAGUUCUGGAUCAUCCACCUGGAUCAGAGCAAAGAGAAGAGAAAGAUGCCUGCUGAACUCAGAGGCUGCAGGACGUUUCAUCUGCCCAGAGACUUACAGAAGCUCCAAGAGAAUCUGUCGGGCAGAGCAGACAUGACAAGAUCAGCCCUGAGAAGAUCCUUCAGCUCCUUCAACAUCAAUGACAAGUCCUGGAGGGUAAAAGAAGCCCUACAACAGCUGGACAUCAACAGAAACAUAAUGGCCUGUACUGAAGUCAACAGUUUAGAUGUAAGUCCUACACUCCCUGACUAAUAUGUGAUUUUCUGAUUGUUUUAAUUAGACAAAGAAUCACACUGAAACUUUUAGUUUGUCCUAAAACAUAAAAAAAAAAAAAAUAAUACUUACUUAAAGAGUAUGGCUUUUGCAAUUCUUAUUUUUACCUAAUCACAUUUGAAAUAAUGGAUACACUUUCUCAUGAUUCCUCAGCCACAUAAUUAAUGUUUAGCUGGAUUGAUAAUAAUAUGAGUAUACUGCAGGUUUUAUCUCUUUAUUAAUUCACUCUACUCCUUAUCACAAAGUUUGUUUGUUUUUUAGAAAUCUUGUCAUACAGGGAACUAUCUGAGUGGAAGAAUUGUUUAAUGUUGUUUUCUAGUCUGUCAAAGACCUCAAGCAUUGAAACUGAG